AUGCUGCUGCUGUUAUUCCUGAGCCUAGACCCUGAAGCAGCAUUGCUACUGCCGCCCAGCACUAGCUGCUGUACUCAGCUCUACAGACAGCCACUCCCAAACAAGAUACUGAGGAAGGUCAUCUGAGUGGAACUGCAAGAGGCUGCUGGGGACUGUCACCUCCAGGCUUUUGUGCUUCACCUGGCUCGACGCAGUGUCUGCAUUCAUCCCCAGAAUCGAAGUUUGGCUUGGUGGUCUGAGUGCCAAGGGAAAAGGCUCCAGCGGAGUCUGCCCAACCUGAAUCUGGAGCUUCAAGGGGAAAUAGUCUGGAGCAGCCAACACCCAAAAUAAUAAAGCAUUAUUGGACAAUAA